AUGCAGAGCGCUAGCACGAUGACGUCGUCAUCGUGGAUUCGAAACAAGAAGCCUAAGUUCUGGGCUCUUGUCAAUGAGGCCGGCGCCGACGACGUGGAGGCCGGCGGCAGCGGCGAACGACUCGCAACGACCGCCACAGCCUCCACGGCCGCUGGCAGUGCAGCGCCGGCAUCACCGAGCGCCAAGACUUCGCCUUCGACCAGCACGGCGGUCAGCGCGCCGUUGACAGCAAUGCCACCCACGCUUGCCGGUGAAGCUUCACCCUCGGCGAAGGAGCCUUCACAGGUACGUGCGGCAGCGGAACCGAUGAAGGCUGCCUCGGAUGUCGCGACCGGCUCCUCGCCCUCGAGCACGGCUGCUAGUGCUGUCUCCACUGCCGCUGUCGGUGCUCGAAUGGACGCGGACUCAUCGAGCUCACUAGAAGCAACUAACCGCGCCGUCACGGCGCACAGCAUCCGCAUCUCGACAUCGGUGUCGCCGUUCCGCAACCGCUACAAGCGCGACGUGGCGCAUAUGCUGUCGGAGCUUCUGAACAGCGACCCCUCACUGGGACCGCAGCUGCUGGGCCAACUGUCCGCCGAGAGCCGACGCCUGCUACUCAUCAUGGGGGCGGCCAGUGAGUACUUUGGUGUGGAUUACGAGGAAGUGGCGGAGCAGGUGAAGGUGGCGGACACGGACAGAGACAACUCUAUUUCCUCCAAGGAGUACGACGCCUGGGUGCGGCGCAUGGCCGACUCGACGCCGGCGAAGCGUCGCCACGCAAAGGAGGACCAGGCAAGCGCGGACACGUUCGACUCGGUGCUGCCGUUGGCCUCCGCCUCUGCACAGGGCGCCGCUGCGGUCGUCCAAGCCGUACCGCCGUCGAUGCCCUCGACAGCGCCACAGAGCAGCAGCCGCGGCGCAAGUGGUACAAGCCCCUCUGCUAAAGCUGCAUCUGCCACUUCCGCGAGCGCGUACCUCCCCGCCGCCGCGUCCGCCACGCCAUCCCGUCAAAGAAUGGACAUGACGGUUGGGACAGCAAAGGCCGGUAGCGCUUGUAUCAUCGGCGCGAUGCAGCAGAGUCUUCCAUCAGCGGCGGCGGCGGCGCCAGAGAGUCGCGAUGUCGGUGGCGGUGCUGCAUCUGUGGCAAUGACAUCGCCCACGCGUGCCUCUCCCAAGAGCAGCGCUGCCAACAGAAGUCGUGGCUGUGUCAGCGACGCCGCCGGCGGUGGUGCGGGUGCCUCCCCCUUUCUGCCGGUCACCCCAGCUGCCACGGUCACCAGCGCAGCGAGUGCUUCCACCAAACAGGACCCGGGCUACAUACCGUGGCCGACUUACCUGAGGAUCGUCGCGGCCGCCGUGCCGCCGUUCCUGGCCUUUGGGAUGCUGGAUAAUACCACCCUUGUCCUCGCCGGUGGCGCAAUCGACAACGCCCUAUCCGGCAGCCUAGGCCUCUCGCAGAUGGGCGCCGCCAGUCUCGGCGGCGUUGUCAGCGGCGUGGCGGGAAUUCAAGUGCACGGCCUGGCCGAGCGUUAUACGCGGGCAGCACCGCCACGUCUGACGAUGGAGCAGCAGCGCAGCGAUGCCUACUCGCGUGCCACACAGGCGGGAAACACGCUGGGGAUGGUGGCUGGGCUCAUCCUUGGCAUGACCCCGCUGCUGUUCAUGAGCGGGUCGACGCAGUUGGCAGAGCAGGAGGAGCGCGACCGUCACCACUUUCGGCGAGAGGCUGCGCGCAGUCAUCAGCGUCACCGCAAUACAAUGGAGAAGGAAGAGGCAACACUGCGGCAGCGGCUAUGGAGGGAGGAGGAGGCAGCGCGGGAGGCGCUCCUGCGAGGCGACGACAAGAUGUAG